GCCGCCGCCACACGCCGCGGGAGCUCGAACCGGGCGCCAGUCCUUCCUGCUCGUCCCUCGCCGCGGCCGCGAAGCCCCGAGCCGGCGGGAGCCCCGCGUUCACCAUGUCGGUCGCGCCCAGCAACAGGUUUCAAGGGGGGAAGGCGUUCGGCAUGCUCAAAGCCCGGCAGGAGCGGCGGCUGGCCGAGAUCAACCGGGAGUUUCUCUGUGACCAGAAAUACAGCGAUGAAGAGGACCUGCCAGAAAAGCUCUCAGCCUUCAAAGAGAAGUACAUGGAGUUUGACCUGAACAACGAAGGCGAGAUUGACCUGAUGGCUUUAAAGAGGAUGAUGGAGAAGCUUGGGGUCCCCAAGACCCACCUGGAGAUAAGGAAGAUGAUCUCGGAGGUGACAGGUGGGGUCGGCACCACCAUCUCCUACCGAGACUUUGUGAACAUGAUGCUGGGCAAACGGUCGGCCGUCCUCAAGCUAGUCAUGAUGUUUGAAGGAAAAGCCAAAGAGAGCAGCCCCCAGCCGGGUGGCCCCCCUCCAGAGAGAGACAUUGCCAGCCUGCCCUGAGGACCCCGCCGGGACCUGCCCCUGCCUUCCCUGCCCGUUCCUCCCUCCUUAUCUCGCUGCCCUCUGGACUCAUGUUUUGUCUUACUUGUUUUUUUGGUCGUUGGGCAUGUUUAUUUGUUUCUUCAGCGCAAAUUAUCUGCCUUAAAGGGGAUUAGGGGCCCCUCCCUCUCUUCUUCCACCCUUCUCCCCACCCCCCACG